UCCAACCGAAGCAACUAAUUAACAGGGAACAAAUCACAUUACUUUCUUUACAUGACUUUAUCCAACGGAACCAACUACUAACAAAUCAUAGAUUGAUUUUGUUGUGUCGUGGUGUUCAUGGCUAGUGGAGAGGCGGAUCCACCGCCGGCCCCCAAGCCAUCAACUCCGACGACCCCUGCACAGCGAGGCUUCACACAGAUGACAACUGAGACGAUCCCACAGACUGCCGGACAGGGAGGCGACUGUUGCGUCCAUGGAUCACCACGAUCUGCUCCAGAUUGGUCUCGGCCGGUGGCUAGCAAUGAUACAUAUGUAUCAACUAUGGAAGGAAGUGUUGAUUGGUCCAAGAUUGAGAUAGCACCAAUGAAUGAUGAAGAAAUUGAUGUUCCUAUAACAGAAGAGAACAUGUGCUCGGUGCUUGGCAUCAAUGAUGAACCUGAGCAUCGGAAAAUUGUAUCUGAAGUAGCUAUGAAAGCCUCCAUUGCAGAUGUUGAUGCAUGUGUGGCUGAUAUUGAUGAGGAUUUACUUGCUGAUGCGGCUCUUCCUGUGCCUGACCAUAUGCCUGAAGAGGAUCACUUUUGGUAUGAUAAGGAACAUCCUGAUGCUCAUGAGAACAUUUGCUAUUAG